CUUACCUUCUGCUUCAGAAAGAAGGUACAUGCUUAUUAGACUCUGUUUAAAAUAGACAAAAAGAAGCAGAAAAAUCUCUUAGAUUAAGAGUCAAUAAGUCAAGUCUUUACAUUAUAGUCAAUGAGGAAGAAGAGUGGAAAAUUCUUCCAUCUUGUCCCUCCUUGAAUCUUGUUUCCCUUCCUCAAAGUCUUUGUAAACCAAUUCCAAGGCAACUGAUAGAAAAUUAAACCAGAAAACAAGGUUAAUAUUGCAGAAUAAACCAUUAACACCCUUCUUUUCUUAUUUUCUUGUUUUUCUUGUUCCAUAUAGGAGUACAUGGUAUGGCUUCUACUUUCUUGUUUUUGUGUUGUUUACUGAUCUUUAACCUACCUCAACUACAAGGUAACUCCAAAUCCAACUGCACCGAGGAAUUCGAGUGUGGAAAUCUUGGAGUUAUGAAGUUUCCUUUCACAAAUUCUAGCAACCCCGAGUGUGGAAUAUACAAGUUUGAUUGUCAGGCUAAACCAUAUCCAAAGAUUGAACUUGGUAAACACAAGUAUGAUGCUUUAGUGAGGAAGAGUGAUUUUUUCCUUCUUUCAGAUUCUGAGCUUCAGAAAUACUUAGAAAACAAAAGUUGCAAGUCUUUUAACAAAAAAUUCUCAUUUCCAAACUCCCCUUUGAUUUCUUUCCAAAUUAUUCCUAACUUAACUUUGUACAGAUGCAACCAUAGUCAGGACAUCAUGCAGAAGAAAACUGAUGCCUUUUUUCAUGAUUUUGAGAAUUACAGCAAGUGUAAAGAUUUCAAUGUCUAUUAUCACCAUCCCAAUGAAACAUUGGGAAAUUCUAGUCAUAAGAUAAGUGGCAAACUUCCAGAUCACUGUUCAAUAAUACAAUUGCCAAUUCCUUUGCCUACACCAUCAAAACCAUAUGCAAGUGACUUGUUUGAACUGUUGAGUUCUAAUAUUCUGCUAGAAUGGGAGUUGUCCAAUGAUUGUCAUCACUGUCUUGACAAAGGAGGGAAAUGCCUGAUCGGUCGCGACCACAAAUUUCAUUGUUCCAAAGGGAAAAAAGAAAAAAGUAAGCUGAGAAUGAUUCUGGCUGCAGUUUUUAUUGGAGUUGGUUUGAUCCUAGUAUCUUCCAUUGUCAUCCUUUCUAUCUGGCGUCGCAAGAGAGGGAAGAGUGGUUCUACACAAUUUCGUCGGGAGAUUGAGGUAGAGAGCAAAUAUUUUGGAUUUCAGGUUCCAGUUUUCUCCUAUGCUGAACUUAAAGAAGCCACUAAUAAUUUUGAUCCCUCAAAUGAGCUUGGAGAUGGAGGUUUUGGAACUGUAUAUUAUGGAAAACUAUAUGAUGGAAGGGAAGUAGCAGUAAAAUGCCUAUAUGAGCACAACUGCAAAAGAAUGCAGCAGUUCAUAAAUGAAAUCGAAAUUCUUACUCGUUUGAGGCACCAAAAUCUUGUGUCUCUUUAUGGCUGCACAUCAAGACGAAGCCGUGAACUUCUCCUUGUUUAUGAAUUCAUUUCCAAUGGAACAGUUGCUGAUCAUCUUAACAGCGAAAGAGCAGAAGAGGGAUCGCUCACGUGGCCAAUCCGUAUGAGUAUUGCUGUAGAAACUGCUAGUGCAUUAGCCUACCUCCACGCUUCUGAUGUGAUACAUCGCGAUGUCAAGACUAAUAACAUUCUUCUUGACGACAACUUUCGUGUCAAAGUUGCAGAUUUUGGGCUGUCAAGACUUUUCCCCAACGAAGUUUCUCACAUAUCCACUGCUCCUCAAGGAACUCCUGGAUACGUCGAUCCUGAGUAUCAUGAGUGUUAUCAACUUACUGACAAAAGUGAUGUUUAUAGUUUCGGGGUUGUUCUUAUCGAGCUGAUAUCAUCAAUGCCCGCUGUGGACAUAACUAGGCAUAAACACGAGAUCAAUUUGGCUAACUUGGCAAUAAACAGGAUACAAAGAUGUGCAUUUGAUGAACUGAUUGAUCCAUCGCUCGGGUUUACAUCAGAUACACUUGUUAAGAGAAUGACUAUCUCUGUCGCGAAGCUAGCUUUUCGAUGCUUGCAACUUGAGAAAGAUAUCAGGCCAACAAUGGAUGAAGUAUUGGACAUUUUAAGAAAGAUUCAGAGUGGAAAAUUCCAAAAUGAGAAGACAUUAGAGUCUAGUGAUAGUUUUAACUUAAUCAAGUCUAAGAGUGUUAAUAUCCCUCCCUUUUCCCCUGAAUCAGAUAAGGUUGCACUGCUCAAGAAAGUUAAGUUCCUAAGUUCAUCGGAUUCUAAUAGUGAGAUAUGGAUUAGUGGCUCUACUACAACAAGCACAAGUGAGUGAGUAACUUAAGAAUUUACAAAAGAAUGUAUUUUCAGACUUCAGAAUAUACUAUAGGUAAUGCACAUAUAAUAAAUAGGUUAUGCUUCUUUUGCUUUUCAA